UGUCGUUAGCGCUUAUAUUUCCUCUCCCUUUAAUACACACACGACCCGGCCUGUGUGAUUUCGCGUGGAUGGAGAAGCUGGCUCGGGGAUGGGCCCGUGUUUGGAUCUCCAUGCGGAUGUGACAUUUCAGAGAAAAGCGCGACCGCCAUUUUGAGAUUUACCUCAGACAUCACAAACCAAACGGGAGGAGCGGGUUGAGGGAGCCGCACAGCUCAGGCUAGCGUUGUAUGACCGGGCACAUUCUUCACGAGAAGCAAGGGGAAUAGCUAGAAAUGCAACGAGCUGCUGCAGCGUUUUGUCGUCUGUCGUGUUAGGGUGGUUUGGAGGAUUUUGGUUUAUGUCGGGCCGCGCAAACUCUCGUCUCCGCGAACUUCUAAAUUAACGUUAACAUCAGUGCUAUUCCGUAUUGGGAAGCUGGUUUGAAUGGAUAGCUUUUUCCUCCGCUCUCCCCCAGACGAGGGACAAUCGGAGGAGCACACAGACUGGGGAUAUCGCAGGCAAAGUUGUUGAAUGUGUGUGUAUAGCAAAUGAGCCUUUGUUUUCAUUGUCGUACCUUUAAUACCAUUUGGCUGCCUAGUGUCAGGUAGCUUAGCGCUAGCUAGAAACAGGGUAUUUGUACCUGACGGUGCAGGUCGUGCUCUGAGUUCUCUUAUUGCCCCACAUUUCCCGGGGUAGACCCAGAUUGAUUUAGCUAAUUUCAGCGGGCCUCCGAUUUCGGAGUCCCCCCGCCCUCCCCUAAUUACACCCAUCGCAACCCCUGCCGUCAGCCAGCGACUCGCACCCACCAAAGGCGCCGAGAUUGGGCGAAUAGCGAGCAAAUACGUCCGCGUUUCUCUACCCGCUCCCCCGCCGACCUCCCCUCCUCACUCCCCGGCGCUGACAGCGGACAAGGCCGAGGUCGCAACAGAGCAGGCCCGGCCGCCAAGGCUCGACCUGUCCACCCCACCUCCGCAUCCCACCACACCUCACCAGCAGUCCAGAACCCGGUUCCCCACCGAGCCGACCCUGGACAAGGUCGAGGGCAACAGAGAAAACAGGGAACACCGCAUCACAACUACAACAACAACACCGCCACCUGCCAACAUGAACCACCACCACCACACGCAGCAGCAGCAACAGCAGCAGCAACAGAAAGCCGGCGAGCAGCAGCUCAGUGAACCGGAGGACAUGGAGAUGGAAGCUGGGGAUACAGAUGAUCCUCCAAGAAUCCCCGCCAACCCAGUGAUCAAUGGUAACGUGGCUAUGGCAGACGGACACAACAAUACAGAGGAGGACAUGGAGGAUGACACUAGCUGGCGGUCGGAGGCGACCUUCCGGUUUGUGGUGGAGCGCUUCAGCCGCCUGAGCGAGUCAGUGCUCAGCCCGUCCUGCUUUGUCCGGAACCUUCCCUGGAAGAUAAUGGUGAUGCCUCGCUUCUAUCCUGACCGACCACACCAGAAGAGCGUGGGCUUCUUCCUGCAGUGUAAUGCAGAGUCAGAUUCCACGUCAUGGUCUUGCCACGCACAGGCCAUGCUGAAGAUCAUUAACCACAAAGACGACGAGAAGUCAUUCAGCCGCAGGAUCAGUCACCUGUUCUUCCACAAAGAGAACGAUUGGGGUUUCUCCAACUUCAUGUCCUGGAGUGAUGUGACCGAUCCAGAGAGGGGCUUCAUCGACGACGACAAAGUUACAUUUGAAGUCUACGUCCAGGCGGAUGCCCCACACGGAGUGGCCUGGGAUUCAAAGAAACACACAGGCUAUGUUGGACUUAAGAACCAAGGAGCGACCUGCUACAUGAACAGCCUGCUACAGACACUCUUCUUCACCAACCAGCUACGACGGGCGGUCUACAUGAUGCCCACAGAAGGAGAUGACUCCUCCAAGAGCGUCCCCCUGGCACUGCAGAGGGUUUUCUACGAGCUGCAACACAGCGACAAACCGGUUGGCACCAAGAAGCUCACAAAGUCCUUUGGGUGGGAAACACUAGAUAGCUUCAUGCAACAUGAUGUGCAGGAGCUGUGCAGAGUGCUCCUGGACAACGUAGAGAACAAAAUGAAAGGCACUUGUGUUGAGGGAACAAUCCCAAAGCUCUUCAGAGGAAAGAUGGUGUCAUAUAUCCAGUGUAAGCAUGUGGACUACAGGUCCGAGCGGAUAGAGGACUACUAUGACAUCCAGCUUAGCAUAAAAGGAAAGAAGAACAUCUUUGAGUCAUUCAAAGAUUAUGUGGCAACUGAGCAGUUAGAUGGAGACAACAAAUAUGACGCAGGAGAACACGGGCUGCAGGAAGCAGAAAAGGGAGUGAAGUUCCUCACCUUCCCUCCGAUCCUCCAUCUGCAGCUGAUGAGGUUCAUGUACGACCCACAGACCGACCAAAACAUCAAGAUCAAUGACAGGUUCGAGUUUCCAGACCAGUUACCUCUGGACGAGUUCCUCCAGAAGCCAGACUCAAAGGACCCAGCCAACUACAUCCUCCACGCUGUGCUAGUCCACAGCGGGGACAACCAUGGCGGUCACUACGUCGUCUAUCUUAACCCCAAAGGAGACGGCAAAGUGAGUGUCAAGGAUCCAAUUUGGUGCAAGUUUGAUGAUGACGUAGUGUCACGAUGCACCAAGGAGGAGGCCAUAGAACACAACUACGGCGGACACGACGACGACCUCUCUGUCCGCCACUGCACCAACGCGUACAUGUUGGUCUACAUCCGUGAGUCCAAGCUCAGCGAGGUGCUCCAGCCGAUGACCGAUGUGGACAUCCCCCAGCAGCUGGUGGAGCGUCUGCAGGAGGAGAAGAGGGUGGAGGCACAGAAGAGGAAGGAACGCCAAGAGGCUCACCUCUACAUGCAGGUUCAGAUGGUGACCGAGGACCAGUUUUGCGGUCAUCAGGGCAACGACAUGUACGACGAGGAGAAAGUGAAGUACACGGUCUUCAAGGUCCUGAAGAGCUCCACGCUGCAAGAGUUUGUCCAGAACCUCUCCCAGACCAUGGGUUUCCCACAGGACCAGAUGAGGCUGUGGCCCAUGCAGGCCCGUAGCAACGGAACCAAGCGACCUGCCAUGCUCGACUACGAGGCCGAUUGCAACAAGUCGAUGAUCGACUUGAGUGACAAUGAGAACCCCUGGACAAUAUUUUUGGAGACUGUAGAUCCGGAGAUGGCAGCCAGUGGGGCCACGUUACCCAAGUUUGAUAAAGACCAUGAUGUCAUGUUGUUCUUGAAGAUGUAUGACCCCAAAACCAGAAGCUUAAAUUAUUGUGGACAUAUCUACACACCUAUAUCCUGCAAAAUAAGAGACCUGCUGCCAGUCAUGUGUGAGAGAGCAGGAUUUCAGCAGGAAACUAGCCUUAUCCUCUAUGAGGAAGUAAAGCCCAAUCUAACAGAGCGGAUACAGGACUAUGAUGUCUCUCUGGACAAGGCCCUGGACGAGCUCAUGGACGGGGACAUCAUUGUCUUCCAGAAGGACGACCCAGAGAACGACAGCAGCGAGCUCCCUACGGCCAAGGACUACUUCCGGGAUCUCUACCACCGGGUGGACGUCAUUUUCUGUGACAAGACCAUCCACAACGACCCCGGUUUUGUGGUCACACUGUCGAACCGCAUGAACUAUUUUCAGGUGGCUAAGACUGUAGCGCAGAGGUUGAACACAGAUCCCAUGCUACUGCAGUUCUUCAAGUCACAGGGGUACAGGGACGGUCCAGGGAAUCCUCUCAGACACAACUAUGAGGGAACGCUGCGGGAUCUGCUGCAAUUCUUCAAGCCUCGGCAGCCCAAGAAACUCUACUACCAGCAGUUAAAGAUGAAGAUAACAGACUUUGAGAACAGGAGGAGUUUUAAAUCCAUAUGGCUCAACAGCCAGUUCAGAGAGGAGGAGAUUACUCUUUACCCUGACAAGCACGGCUGUGUGCGGGACCUUUUGGAAGAAUGUAAAAAGGCUGUGGAGCUGUCUGAAAACGGCUCUGAGAAGCUCAGGCUGUUAGAGAUAGUAAGCUAUAAAAUCAUCGGAGUUCACCAGGAGGACGAGCUGCUAGAAUGUUUAUCUCCUGCUGCCAGCCGCACCUUCAGAAUAGAGGAGAUUCCUUUGGACCAGGUGGACUUGGAUAAGGACACUGAAAUGCUAAUCCCUGUUGCUCACUUCCAUAAGGAGGUCUUUGGCACCUUUGGGAUUCCCUUUUUGCUCAAGAUCAGACAGGGUGAGUCGUUUCGGGAGGUGAUGAGGAGGAUCCAGACCAUGCUGGACAUCCAGGAGAAAGAGUUUGAGAAGUUCAAGUUUGCAAUUGUGAUGAUGGGUCGGCAUCAGUACAUCAAUGAGGAUGAGUACGAGGUCAACCUGAAGGACUUUGAACCACAGCCAGGUAACAUGUCCCACCCGCGCCCCUGGCUAGGGUUGGAUCAUUUCAACAAAGCUCCAAAGAGAGGUCGCUACACCUACCUGGAGAAAGCAAUCAAGAUCCACAACUAAAGCAGCCCCCACCCCCCACCUUCUCCCCUGGUCCUCCUCAUCCUCUCCUGCUCCGCCUUCAUCCCUACCUACUUUAACAAACCAUAACCACAGACUGUAACCAACAACCGUGUGUGUGUGUGUGUGAUUGUGCGUGAGAAAGACUGAGAGUGUGUGUGUGUGUGUAUUCAUCACUUUUAACACCCCAUCUGGACACCUCUACAGCUCUACACCGGCACUCUGUCUUCAGUGAUUGGGAUCUUGCUGCAGCUGAUGGAUUAUUCUUCAACCACAAAAUAAACCGCACCAACCACUGACUGUUUAUUUUGUUGUACAUUUUAUUUCUUUUCCCUUUUCCCCCCCGUUUUUUUAAAAAAUCGUCUCCCUCCACGUUUGAGGCUGUUCGGUUAUUUUUUCUGGCUUGUCUGCCUGUUGACUGCUUUUUGUUGCCUGUUCAGAAAUGGGAGACGUGUAAUUGGAUUUUAUGGUUUAAAAAAAAAAUUAAGAGGAAUCACGACACAGUAUAGCAUAUAUAAUAUGUAUGCUAUAUAUAAAUAUUUUCAUAUAUAAAUAUGAACUUCUAGGCUUAGUUUUCACUUCCACCUCAUUUAAAGCUUAUUUUUUCCCUUCACAAUUUUUUGGGGGUUGUUUUUAAAUAAAGUUGUUCAAAGGGGCAUCACACUGCUGUGCGCAGAGGUCAAUGAGUGUGCUGUUUGGAGGACUGACUCGCAGAAAAUGAUGGAGAGAUGCAGUCGUUUUAAAAAUAUUAAUAAUCUUUGCAAAAGCAGCUGCGAGCUGGCGUCCACCCUGAAGUUCUCUGGUUUGCUCUUAUGAUGAGGUUUCCUUAUAUUUUCUGCUCCCAUCCCUAUAGAGCAACAAAAAUCAGUAUUUCCAAGUUUACACUCAAGUUCUCUUUUCCACUUAGUUUGGUUGGAGGAAAAAAAAAAAUUUUUUUUUUGUCUUUCUGCAGACCUUGUAUUAUAAAAAUAAAAUAAAAAAUCUGCAAAACAGCAUCUGUUUAAAAUAAAUGGGGAAAAAUACGAUUUGUCUGUAUUUCCUCUUGAACGUUGGAAAUUAAUCUUAGUUUCUCAGGUCUGGCAAAAGUACUUUUUUUUUUUUUUUUUUUUGAUUGUGAGUUGCUAGGUAACAUUCACACACACAGAUAUGUGUUACCUCCCUGAUGACUUCCUUUUUAGUUUUCUGGGGGUUGCUAAAGGUUUGUCCCUCUCCUCUCAGUCAUUCCUCUUGUAAAACACACGCACACACACACACACACACACACACACACACAAGCUGCAACAUCUCUCUUCUUUCUUGAUUGAAUCUGUCGCCCCCUGGUGGUUGGCAGCAGUAACUGCGCUGUGCUUGGUAGGGAGCUGCAGACAUUUAGAGCCCCACUGGUUUGAGGAUUGUGUAGAGACAAAAACCAGCAUUGUAAGAAACACUUUAAGCCCUAUGAAUUUCUUUUUUCUUUUGUUAAUUUCAGGUUUUGUUUUCUUCUCUUUCUUUUAAAGCACAGAUGGAAUGCACCCCUAAUAGCGCAUAGCUGGCUCUGUACAGACAACAUUUAAGAAUUGUAUAUUUAAAAAUAUGAACGUGUAAAAUUUAAGAGAAACACACGCCUUUGUUGUUGGGUACAGAAGGAGCCAGGUGUUCAUAUUUUUUGUGUGUAGGUUUCUUUUUUGUUUGUUUGUUUUGCGUUCCUGAUGUACCAUUGACAGGUUUUCCCCCCUCUGUUACAUUUGGAUUGUUUUUCUUUUAAAAACUAACUGCAUUGGUUUGUCUUGUUAAGAAGUGCAGUACAGAGAUGACCUGCAGAAUCACACCUUAAUUUGAUCUUUUCCACUUCAAAAUCCUCAGUGUAGCAGCAGUGUACGACAACUAUUCCUGUAUAUUGCCUUUUUGCUGGAAAAUGUAUGUUGAAUAAAAAUUUUCUAUAAAAACAAA